AUGAAGAGAGCCUUCACGGAGUCUCAACCAUCGAUUCCGCCCGGACCUGGCCGACAGGACCCACCGCCAUGGAAAGUCGUACACCUGGUCAAACUCAACGUCACGAUUCGUCUCGUCGAUGAAACGCUCACCACAUGGAUCGGGAUAGAUGAUUCACCAUUCAGCAUCUUCGACGUCAAUAAACAACUUUAUGGUUACGUACUCGAGGAUGGUCGCCUCGCCAGUGGAGAUCCACCCUGGCGACAGAACCGCAGAGACAAUCCAUCACCAUUGCGUUCCGCCAAACAAUUCCGCAUAGCGUCGACAGAAGUAUGGACCAGACAUCGCCCAGUCGUCGAACUCACAUGCGGUUGCGAUCCUCAUUACGAGAGGGUAUUCUUUCGCCACGACGACCCAAUAACGUGCAUGGCCAGACAGAUAGGCCAAGCCGUUGCUGAAGGAGUCCGGAACCACGUUCCAUUGCAAGGAAUGAGAAUCCCAUUUCGAAACCAUAAUUAA